GCCUCUCCACACAUGUCCGCCCUGCUGCUUCUCCCCCUCGGCUUCAGCCCCGCCCUGAGGCCGCUUCCUGCAGCUCCGGCCUGUGGGCUGCGUUCCGCCGCCGUGCCGCUCGCCCGCCGUGGCGUCGCUGUGGCGAUGGACGCGAGCGACAUCGACAGUCUGCUCGAGGAUGUCGAGGUGGAGGCGGACGCCGAGGAGGUGGCUGCGCCGGCGGCGGCGCCGCCCGCUGAGCCGAGCGAUCCGCUCGGCGGCCUCGCCGAGGGCAGCUGGGAGAUGACGGCCGAGGGCGGGGUGGAGCGGCUGCGGGUCGCCGUGGCGGGCAAGCUGCUCACGUUCGAGUCGGGCAAGCUGGCCCGCCUCGCCUCGGGCGCCGUCACCGCCGUCACCGGCGACACGCACGUCUUUUGCGCGGCGACGAUCGACCGGCGCACGCCGCCGAGGCCGAUCGACUUCACGCCUCUGCGCGUGGACUAUUGCGAGCGCAAGUCGGCGGCGGGGCGGACCAACGGAGGGUACAUCAAGCGGGACGGGAGACCGUCCGACCACGAGACGCUGGUCGCGCGGAUCAUCGACCGGCCGAUCCGGCCGCUCAUCUCCGCCGGCUGGUGCCUCGAGACGCAGCUCGCAGCCUACGUCCUCGCGUACGACGGCGUCCACCCGCCAGACGUGCUCGCCGUCUGCGCCGCCUCGGCAGCGCUCGCCCUCUCCGAGGCGCCCUUCCCCAGGCCGGUGGCCGGAGUCCGGGUGGCACAAGUGGACGGCGCACUCGUCGUCAACCCGUCGCCCGAACAGCUCCGAGGUGCCACCCUCGACCUCGUCGUCGCGGGCACCAAGGAGGCUGUGAUGAUGGUCGAGGGGUCGGGCGACUUUGUGCCCGAGGAGACGCUGGUGGAGGCGCUCGAGGUCGGUCUCGGAGCCAUCGCCACCAUCGCCUCCGCCAUCCAGGACUGGGCGGAGAGCAUCGGCCAGCCCACGCACGCGCCCGGCUUCCUCCCGCCCGCCGCAGGAGUGGCCCCUUACCUCGACGCCUUUGAGGCGCACCCGCCCGCGCGAGGGCGCACGCGCAGCCGCGCCCCCCUCCUCCGAGCCGCGCCGCCGCCCGGACUGCAGGUGGACGGCGAGGCGCUGCCGAACGCCUACCGCAAGGCGAUGGUCGGAGGCACCAAGGAGCAGCGCGAGCGGGCGUGCGUCGACCUGCAGGCGAGGGUGGUGGAGGAGGUGGUCGGUGCGCAGCGGCGCGAGGCGGCGGCGGCGGAGGCGGCGGCGGCGCGGGACGAUGAGGAGGCGGAGGAGGAGGGGGAGGAGGGGGAGGGGCCGUCGACGGCGGGCAAGGGCGAGGACGAGGUGCUGCUCGCGUCUGCGAGCUUCGAGGAGGCGGAGAUCCGCGGCGCGCUCAAGAAGAUGGCGUGUGAGGCGAUGCGCGAGAUCGUGGCGGCGACCGGCGAGCGGACCGACGGCAGGAGCACGACGCAGGUGCGGCCGAUCAGCGUGGAGAUGGCGCCGCUGCCGCCCGUGGUGCACGGGUCGGUCCUCUUCACGCGCGGCGAGACGCAGGCGCUCGGCACGACGACGCUGGGCGACUCGUCGAUGGCCCAGCGCUACGAGGACCUCGAGGGCGAGAGAGAGCAGAGACGCGAGAAGAGGAAGCGCUUCUACCUGCAGCGCGAGGUCGGGCACGGCAACCUCGCGGAGCGGGCCCUCCGCGCCGCGCUGCCGGGCGAGGACGAGUUCCCGUACGUGAUCCGGACAGAGUCGCUCAUCACCGAGUCGUGCGGCUCCUCGUCGAUGGCCUCCGUCUGCGCUGGCGCCCUCUCGAUGCGCGCGGCCGGCGUGCCGCUCAAGAGCCUCGUCGCGGGCGGGCGGCUGCACAUCCUCUCGGAGAUGCGGAAGGCGUGCGGCGACUCCGAGGUGCGGCUGCCUCCCGGGGUUGGGCGGAUCCGCAGCUUUGCGGUGCCGAGCAAGGUCGUCGGCAAGAUCAUCGGCCCCGGCGGCGCGACAAUCAACGGCCUCAUCUCCGACACGGGCGUCGACAACAUCUCGAUCGACAAGUCGGACCCCGCGGUGGUGCGCGAGCUCGUCGGCGAGAGCGGCGCCGCCACCGAGAGGGCGCCGAGGCCGUCGGGGCCGCCGCCGCCGCCGCCGCCGCCCAUCCGCGUCGACGACAUCUACGAGGCGUGCGAGAUCAAAAACAUGGUCCCCUUUGGCGUCUUUGUGGCGCUCCGGCCGGGGGUGGACGGCUUUUGCCACAUCUCGGAGCUGUCGGAGCAGUACAUCAAGAGCAUCGACCAGGUGGGGCUCAAGAGGGGAGACGCGGUCGACGUGCGCGUCACCGAAGUCAACAAGGACGGCAAGUACCGCGUGGCCGUGCUGACCGACUUUGAGAUUGCGCCGCCGCCAGCGGGCAGAUAGCCCGCUGGCGGGCCACCGGGAGAUCGGCUGAACGCCAGGACGCGGGCGCGCGUCUCGAGGCGUCUCGCGCCGCGUUCCGCCGCACGCGCGCGACCAUCUGUACUGUUCGCGAGAUGCGAGAGAAUGGCGUGGCAUGACGCCGCGAGGUUUGAACAAGUCACGCUCACGGCGCCUGACGCGUGAUGUCGGACU